GGCGGGCGGGCUGCAGCUCGGCUCCGCGGGAGGUUGCAGCGCUGCGCCUUUCACCCGGAGCGAAGUUGCGGGGUGCUCUUCGGUAGAAGUCGUCUCGGACGGGAGUGGGAAGCGGUGCUGCUCCCGGGAGCCUUUCCCUGAGCUGCGUGUCGCCUUGCAGGGGCCGGAGCUAUGGCUGAACAUAUGAUGAUGUCCAUGAACCACGGUGGCACCGGGCUGCAGAGCUACCGGAUGGGUGUGAGUGGGCUGCAGGGACCACCGCAGCAUGGGCAGCACGUGCUGAGGACGCUACCUGCAGCAGGUCAGAUGAUGCCUUAUGGAGGGGCCGGAAUGGAUGGUGCGAUGAGGCCCAGACCCAACCUCAGCGGGCAGAUGAGCCACCACCAGAUGCAGAAUGCGAUGAUGUUCAACGGCCCGAGUCAACAGCAGCAGCAGUACAUGGGGCCGGUGGGCACCCAGCAGCUCAUGGCUAGUAUGCACCUACAAAAACUCAACACCCAGUACCAGGGUCACCCACUGGGCAUGAGCAACGGGCCCAUGGGAGCUGGUGCUCAGCAGUACAGAGUGGGGCCCAGCCAGCACCCAGGCAUGCAGCACAUGCCCUCACCGGCUCUGACCUUGAACGUUAUGGACACUGAUCUCAUAGACGAGGAGGUUUUGACGUCCCUUGUCCUGGAACUGGGGUUGGACCGGAUUCAGGAGCUGCCAGAGCUGUUCUUGGGACAGAACGAGUUCGACUUCAUUUCAGACUUUGUUAGCAAACAGCAACCCAGUGCCAUCAGCUGUUGAGGGGCUUUGAGCUCCUCCUUGUGUCUUAGUGGUUUUGAGUUUGUUUCUAACUUCCUUCUCCACCUGCCAUCCUCCUCCCUUCUCCUGCCUUGCCCUGUCCUGGAUUCCUAACCUCCCUAAAGAGACAAUCAUCGGACACUGGCUUGCAAUGGAUUGCUUUUCUCUUCUGUGUGGUUUUUCACUUGGGAGUUCAUGGGGUGGGAACCAUGUGUACCCCAAACAGAGCAGAUCAAGAGUUCUUGCUGUAGAGCUGCCUCUAAAUGGCAUUAACAGGAUUUCUGGCUUAAAUGGAAGUAAUGGACUUACGACUUUCCACAACCAGGCUUUGAGCACAGGGAGCGACGGGCAGCUGGCAGCCCUGCUGGGAGCUGGAUUUGCUCAAGGAUUCUGCGGUGCCAGCAAAGUUAAAGGAUCCCCAGAGAGGAUUGUCUCCCCACUGCAUGGUUUGAACCAGUUUGCCCUUGCAAACAUGGGUGGGGUUAGAUUAUUUCUUGGGACUUUCUGCUGUGACAGUGAAUAGGUUUUCAGCCUUGUCUGUUCAGCUCAGAAAGGGGCUCUUCCCCACCAGCAGGCUUUUUUUUUUUUUCUUCCUCCUGAACUGACUGAGCAAAAUAAACUAUGCCUUGGGGAAGGGUGUGCAUAGGUGCCUAAAUGUUCAUCCCUGUGGAACUAUGGGUCUCCAACAUGUACAAUUAGCAAUCAACUGUAAAAUUUACUCACUGUUUAGAGGCUAAUUCAGGCACAAGGCUUAAAGCUGCAGUCUAGCUCCACUUUUUUCCACCUCUGAAACCAAAUAAAGACCGUGCAACUGUAUAUUCCAGAGCUAAUCUUAUUUAUUUUUCCUAUGAUUAUUUAUUUGCAAAGGGCUCCUUUUGUUAUUUGGCUUUGGGACCGCUGGGAAGGAUGCAUGGAGAGUACUGCAGCUUUAAGAUGCUGGCUUCAGGAAAAAGAAAGCCUGGGAUAGUUUUCAAGCUGCGUUUCAGAUGAUCGCUGCAACCCAAGGUCUUUGUGCUGAGCACACAGGGCUGUGUAAAUCUAACACCCUCGGAAAGCGAUAAAGAUGACUCGAUUCCUAAUUCCCUUACUCGGGGAAGGUUAAAUGUAAAAGCUGGUGGGGUUUUGUUUCCUCCGCUGUCUCUCGUUUCCAGGCACUGUGGAAAGCUGCUGGUAUCUCCUAGUUGCUGCUGCCCUCUGCUGCUGACAGCUCCUGACAACGACCAAGAGAGAAUGUACAGAUGAAUUUGCAAAUAAAAACUGAAACGUC